GACAAUCUGAAGGCCUGCCUGAGUCUGUUGUGGUGGCUUCAGUGAAGGAGGUUUCUCACACCGGGGACGAGUCGAGCGGCGGUCAACACUCGUGUCUGGUGGUGGGCUGCAGAUGAACGUCGGCAUGGCCGGGUCCUCUCACCGGGUCACGCUGGGUCCGCUGGUGGCUGCUGUCGACCAGGGCACGAGCUCCACGCGCUUUCUGGUGUUUAAUUCCAAAACAGCUGAGCUCCUCAGCCAUCAUCAGGUGGAAAUCAAACAGAGCUUCCCCAAAGAAGGAUGGGUAGAGGAAGACCCCAAAGAAAUUCUGCAGUCGGUCUAUGAAUGCAUGGAACGGACCUGUGAAAAACUCACCAAGCUCAGCAUUGACAUCUCAAAUAUUAAAGCAAUUGGGGUGACCAACCAAAGGGAGACGACGAUAGUUUGGGACAAAGAGACGGGGGAACCCCUCUACAAUGCAAUAGUGUGGCUGGACCUACGGACUCAGUCAACAGUUGAAGGUCUAAUCAGUAAAACUCCAGGAAGGAAUAAGAACCACCUGAAGCAUAAGACUGGGCUCCCUAUCAGCACUUAUUUCAGUGCAGUGAAGCUUCGCUGGCUGAUGGACAAUGUGGCUGAGGUCCAUGAAGCCGUCCAGUCUCACCGCGCCAUGUUUGGCACCGUUGACUCGUGGCUCAUUUGGUGUUUGACAGGAGGGAAAUCAGGUGGAGUCCACUGCACAGAUGUGACCAAUGCCAGCAGAACCAUGCUGUUCAACAUUCACACCAUGGACUGGGAUCCAGAGCUGUGCACCUAUUUUGGUAUUCCGAUGGAGAUUUUGCCCAGAGUUAGGAGUUCUUCAGAAAUAUACGGCCUCAUGAAAAUAUGUUCUAGCAGGAAAUCAGGAUCUCUCUCGGGUAUUCCCAUCUCUGGUUGUCUUGGGGAUCAAUCAGCAGCACUUGUUGGACAGAUGUGCUUUCAUGACGGAAGUGCGAAAAACACAUAUGGAACUGGUUGUUUUUUGCUGCAAAACACCGGAACAAAGCCAGUAAUGUCUGAUCACGGCCUUUUAACCACUGUGGCUUACAAGCUUGGUCGAGACAAACCUGCCUGCUAUGCCCUGGAGGGAUCUGUGGCCAUUGCCGGAGCUGUUGUUCGUUGGCUGCAGGACAACCUUGGGAUCAUUGGGUCAUUUGAAGAGCUUGAGAAGUUGGCUGCAUCAGCUGGUACAUCGUAUGGGUGUUAUUUUGUUCCUGCAUUUUCGGGUCUUUAUGCACCUUAUUGGGAGCCCAGCGCAAGAGGGCUCAUUUGUGGGUUAACUCAGUUCACUAAUAAGAGUCAUCUGGCUUUUGCCGCACUGGAAGCUGUUUGUUUCCAGAUGCGAGAGAUACUGGAUGCCAUGGACCAGGAUAGUGGCAUCCCACUAACUCACCUGCAGGUUGACGGAGGAAUGACAGCCUGCAGGCUGUUGAUGCAGUUGCAGGCCGACAUACUCUGUAUUCCAGUUGUGAAGCCCACCAUGCCUGAGACCACAGCUCUUGGGGCAGCAAUGGCAGCAGGUGCAGCAGCGGGGGUGAGUGUAUGGAGUCUACAACCAGAAGACCUGAGCGAGGUCACCUCAGAGAAGUUUGAGCCCCAGAUUAACCCAGAAGAGAGCGAGUUUCGGUACGCACGAUGGAAAAAGGCAGUUCAGAAAUCUAUGAACUGGGAAACAACAGAGCCUGUUCACAAUGGAAACGGUGAGAGUAGCAUCUUCAGCAGUGUCCCGCUGGGAUUUUACAUCAUUGGAAGCAUGUUGAUGUUAAUUGGAGCAAACUACGUUGCAGGCAACAAGUAGGCUCCACCCCAUGGAGGGAUUUCCACAAAUAAGAGGAGAGUGGACACAAUAGUCACUGGAUUGGAUUUCCACAAAAAGCCGUUUUGUCCAGAAGACUUUUUGGAAGAUAGUAACAUCCAACACACAGCUGAACGGUUCACUGAGUGAAACAUGGAGACCUACUGUGGUGAAGUUUCAGCGUCAACUCUGAACUGAUUAUACAAACGUAUUUGCUGGAUUUACUUUUCGCACUUCUGCGCUGUCAGUUGAAAAGGUAUUACAAGUUUUAGGUUCAGCUGGUAAUUGAAAACCUAGUAUGUCACCAGUGGCGGUUUUUGGUACGGGCCAUGCGGACCACCACCCGGGGCGCCAUUUAUGGGCAGGGGUGGCACCAUGGGCCCGAUCACUUAAAAAAAACAAAAAAACAAAAAACAAAAUUAAUUCCACUGCAAAAUGAUUUUCUUGUCACUGGGCAUAGAAUUGGCAGAUUGGGCCCCCUACCGACAUGUGCUAGUGUCGUGCUUGAAAGAAAGGGGAGGGGCGCACAGGGAACAGUUCACCUCUGGGUUUCUCUGGUUGACUCCAGUCUGUCGUAGGCUAAGUUCCAGUUGAUUGCAUGAAAAGAGAGAGCGAGAGAGAGAGCAGCUGGUCAGAAAGAGAGGUCGAUUCAGACCCCUCCAGCGGCUUUUUGUUUUACUUCAAAAAAGCGACUAGCGAGAAAUGUGGCGGCUUUUCCUGGUGUUAUUGGAGACUUAUGUGAAAACGUGUAUUUCUACUUAAUGAGCAGCGGCUGCUUCCGUGAGAGUGGGUCCCUCUAUGGUCCCUCCCCCGCCCGAAAGCACUCACAGGAGGACCCCCCCCCCCCCCCCCCCAUGAAAAAGGAGGUGGACAUCCAGCAGAAAUUUCCUCCAUUUCAUUGGCUGAGAGCUCCUUAGUGAGCGCUUCUGAUUGGCUCACAGUUGCAUGUUUAUUUUUUGCCACAUUCUAUUCAUAAAUUGUUUUUGGCCCAAGUGCUGUAAUUUUUCACUUAUCCACAAAAAUAAAACAGAACUGCAAAAUAAUAAAUAAAUGUCCCAACUGCCUGUGUGUCAUGUCAAUUCUGGAAGAUUUUUUUUUCUUUGUCAAAAAUAAAUCACUGUACUAAAUACCAGACUUAAGAAAACUAAAGCAAAAAAAAAAAAAACAUUUGAUAUGGCUUGGUAGAUCUCGAUACACUGUCAAUUUUAAAGUAGAUCUCUAUUCAAAAAAGGUGCUCAAGUUUGGUCCUAGAGCUCUACCUUCCUGACACUCAUAGUUGUCUCCACGAAAGACUCAUUAAAAUCCUGCUAACGAGUCUCAUUGGAUUCAGGAAGGUAGAUUUCGAGGACCAAACUUGGGCACCCCUGCGUCUAAUGGAAGGGGGGGGAUGGAAUUAGUACACUGAAGUGGUCUUGGUGGUAGUGGUUUGUUUGUCCUUCUUGCUAUGAUGCUUGCAAAGUUUGUUUUAAUUAUAUUACAAUAAUUCAGUCUUAACAAACAUGAGAUCUAAUUUCACCAUAAAAUUAUACUCAGAAAGGGUCAGAGAAAUUGUCAGGUUUUUAUUUUUUUUUGUUAUAAUUGUUAUUUUACACACUGCUAAAUGGCAUAAACUGGACUUUGUCAGAGGGAUGUACUACUACUAUUAAUAAUAAUAAUAAAUUAGUAAUAGUAAAUUAUUUGAGACAUUGUGAGGUAAACUGGCUGAAGCUGAGUUACAGGGAAAUAAAAUAAUUCUUUAAUUAGUGCAAACAAAUUUAUUUUUUGGGGGUGGAUAUUUUAGGGAGAAAUCUCAAAUAUUAAAGUAGUAAUGUGUGUAAAAUUAACAUGCUUCAAUAGAAGAAUGACUCCUACUUUUAACAAAACUGUUCCAAGUUCAGUUAUUAUUUAUGUCCAUCAUUUGGGUUAACAUUGAGGCCUGUAAUUAGCCCUUUUUCAUAUCUGUAGGUAGUUUCAAAGACUCUACUUUGUGACAAGCAUAGUUUAACCAGUCAUAAAGUGUGCCAAACAUUGAAUUCCAGGCAGUAAGUAACAGCUAAUUGUUCCUCCCUGAAAGACAGAUUAAUAAAGUGUCUGACAGAUAUUGAUGACAGAUAUUUAGCAUGUAAGGGCAUGUUUAUUCAAAUUUACAGUUCAUGGAUCUUUUGUAUACGAGUUAUAUUGUAGCCUGCAGUCUUUUGAUGUCAGUUUCAGGGGCACUUCUAAAAUAUAAAAAAAUAAUGAUAAAUAAAUAAUAUAUAAUAAAUAAUAAAAAAAUGGGUGUUUGUGCAAAACUUUGUUUUUUGGGUUGGGGGGGUGCUCGGAGUGUAGAACCACCACUGCCUGUCACCAAAUAUUUUGUUUAGGAACGGUUAGUUUCCCCCUUCCAUUUUGGAAAAGGUUUUUUUGUUUGUGUUCAAAAACUACUAGGAAUCAGGUGAGCUGAAAAUUUGACAAACGUUAAGAUGUUCACGUAGGUCCGUGCAAGUAGAUUUGUUGGGUCCAUAUUUGAAUACUGGUCAGAAAUGUUUGAGUUGGUCUAUAGUCUGAAUUUUUCUUGACUCAAAUUUAAUUUGGACUCAAAAUUCAUAUUUAGUAAAGUAAGUUUCAUUUAAUUAUUUUUAUUUUGUGGGUGUGUGUUAGUCACUACAAGUUCCAUGUGAAUUAGAAGGCACAUACAAGCAGCACAUUUGUAUAUGAUGAAUUCUUAGGCCAAUUUAAGUUGAAACUACAUAAAUGAAAUUUGAGAGUUGUCAUAACUGCUAUAUGAACUGAAAGCCACAGUAAUUUUUUUUGUAUUCUACGUAACUGUUACUGGCUGUGUGAGCUGCUGCAUUGAACAGUUUCUCAAGCACUUUAAACAGUUGUAUAGUUUUGUUUUAGGUCCUGGUUUGAUUAAUGCACAGAAGGUUUGAGUCAGGCAACAGUUUGCAACUACAGUAAAAACAUGGAAAGAAUGGCAAGAGAGUAAAAUGAGUUUUUUUUGUUUUUGCAAAAGUAAUUUGUAUAAUACUUUAAUGUUUGCGUUAAUACCCCUUUAAAGCAACUACUUUAUGUGCAGUGUAACACACAAGCAGGCAGUGACCUGCAAACAUGAAUUUGUUACAUAAUGAUGUGAAAUGGGAAUACUGUGCAAUUUUGUGAGCUUGAUAAGUCAAGCUCACAGCUUACCAACGGUCCCAACUUGGGAACAAGAAUGUUUUCCAUAGCUGGCUAAAAAUCUUAUGCAGUUGAUAAAUAAGGCUGCAUCCACAUUA